UAUUUUCAUUCUCAUUGGGAUCAACAACGUAAAAAAGGUAGAGGAAAGUGGCAAGGGGAUAAGGGGAUCAUUUCUAACCCCAAACUAUUCGGAAAUUCGGGAUUUCAACUGGGUAUUUUUUUUAUUUGUUUCUUCGAGCAAGCGCCAGCAUGAGUGGGGUUCCUGGAACCUGUGUUAUCCAGGUCACCAACCUCUCCCCAGCCGUGACUAGCGAGCAGAUGCGGACCCUCUUUUCUUUCCUCGGUGAUGUCGAGGAACUGCGCCUCUACCCGCCCGACAAUGCUCCUCUUCCUUUUUCCUCCAAAGUAUGUUAUAUAAAAUUCCGUGAGCCUCCAAGUGUUGGUGUGGCCCAGCAUUUAACCAACACAGUUUUUAUUGACAGAGCUCUGAUAGUUGUACCGUGCGCAGAAGGUAAAAUCCCAGAAGAAGCCAAAGCACUGUCUCUCUUGGCUCCUGCCACUACUGUGGCAACCUUGAUGCCAGGUGCUGGGCUGUUGCCAAUACCAACGCCCCCUCCCCUUCCUUCACUUGGUAUCCCAAUUGGCAAUCUGGGAACGUUGCAGGCUGGCCUCGAUCCUUCCCUGGCAGCUUUGGGAGGAAUCUCGUCACAACCCCCUUUGAUGGGAAAUGUGGAUCCCUCCAAAAUUGAUGAGAUAAGAAGAACUGUUUAUGUUGGCAACUUGAAUUCACAGACGACGACAGCCGAGCAGUUACUGGAGUACUUCAAACAAGUUGGAGAUGUGAAAUUUGUACGAAUGGCUGGGGAUGAGACUCAGCCCACUCGCUUUGCCUUUGUGGAAUUCGCUGAUCAAGAGUCUGUGCCAAGAGCUCUGACCUACAAUGGAGUUGUGUUUGGAGACAGACCCUUGAAAAUCAAUCACUCCAACAAUGCUAUUGUAAAACCCCCUGAGAUGACUGCACAGGCUGCUGCUAAGGAACUAGAGGAUGUGAUGAAGAGAGUGAGGGAAGCGCAGUCAUGUAUCUCUGCAGCUAUUGAGCCAGUUGAGUCUGGGAAAAGUAGUACCACUAGCAGCAAAAAAGCUGGAAGAUCUCGAUCUCGCUCCCAAUCCAAAAGAAAGCGGUCUCGCUCCAGACACAGGAGUAGAUCCCGUAAAAGAUCUCGGUCCAAACCGAGAGAGGCACGUAACACCCAGAGUUCCCAGAAAAAACGCUCGCGAUCUAAAGAUAGAAAGCGCAGCAGAAGCCGAUCCAGGUCUAGCAGAGAUAAAAGGAAAGAGAAGGAUAACAAAUCAAGAAGUAAAGAGGAGAGCUCGAGAGAGAAAGACGAGAGGAAACGAAAAGAAAAGAGAGGGAAAUCGCCACCAAAGAGCUCCGGUUCAUCCCGAAGAUCUCGAAGCACCAGCAGAAACCGCAGAAAGAGGAGCAGAAGUAGGUCUAAAUCUCCAAGGCCAAGAACUCCCAAAAGAAAAUUCAAGUCUCCUUCUCCAAGGAGAAUUAAAAAGGAGAAGAGGAAGGAUAAAGUCAGGGAACGUAGCAGAGAAAGGAACGAAAGGGAAAGAUCACCCUCCAGGAAGAAGAGCAGCAAGGACAAGGAAAAACUGGAAAAGCACACCCCGGUCAAGGUGGAAAGAGAUUCUGGUAAAGAAGAGAAAGAAUAUGAAAGUGACAAGGACAGCAUUCAUACUAACCGUCUGGAUCACAUAAAGGGUCAACAGAAUGGCAGCUAUAAUAAUCAUGAGGAAGAUCUCUCGGUCCAAACAGAGGUGUCUGAGUGAAUCAAUAAUCGCACCAGGAUUGUGGACACUAUGAAAGGAGGCUAUUUCUGUUGGGGGAAAAAAAUAAUUAACAAGUAAAACUGAAGCUGAACCAAGCAGGCUGCCAAACAGGGAGGGGGAAAUCCAGGAAUAUUCAAAGAUGUGUUGGAAUGUAAACUAGGAAGUUGCAUUGUUAGAUACCAGCUAGUCAGAUGUGGUUUCUUUCUUGUUUUUCAUGUUUUGUAAAUUUCUAAAUAAUGACAUGUUCAUCCAUAUUUUUUUUAAUCCUCAGUGCACAUUUUACUUUUGUGAAUCAAUGUAUCAUAUGAUAUUCAUAUGAAGGAUGUGCGGAAACACACACACACACACACAGCUUUCUUGGUAAUGUAUUAUCUAUGUGUAGUGCUCAAACUUAUUUCUUAAAAUAAUAGCUUUGUGCUGCUAAAUAACUGCUUAGAACAAUUUGUAUUACCCACUUUUUUUUUUAAAAGGCAACUUUUUUUUUUAAAUGUAUAUAUGAAUUAAGUUCUGCCAUGUAUAUUCCCACCAAAUUAUCUCAUAUUGCUCUUAUUUUUGCAUGCUAUUAGUUAUAAAUACUGUCUUUACCGAAUUUAUGGUUAUUUAAAACUGUCUAAACUGUGACAUUGUAUAUUUGACAGUUUCUUACGAUAACUGUAGCAGCUGCAGUCUAUGAAAUUUCCAGUAUAGACCGCUUUUUAUUAAUAUAAGAAAUAGUUUGAGGGAAAAAGCACGCCAAAUGUCUUGACACUUUUUGAACGGUUUCAUAUUUGGUUUUGUAGAACUGCAUGCCAAAAAUAACGUUACUUAUGAGGUGGUUUCGUGGGGAGACUAGACUGUCUGUGCAUACAUAGAAGAAUCCAAGUGAAAUUUCUUACAUACAUACACAAGUGAAAAGUGCCUGGUCUCUUACUGUAAGCCUAUAACACAUUUCAUUGUAUAAGGUGCAUUGUUUCUUGUGAUAAGAUACAACUGGCAAUCAUACAAAUCUGUAUUCAUAUAUAAUCAGUGAGUGUUGCUGCAGGUCGAACAGUAAAAUAGGGGUGCUAGAUGCAGUUUAACAGUAAUGUUUUUUGUAGAUGCAUAUUCUAAUAUGCAUGAUCUGCACACUUUACAGGACAAGCUCUGAUUUUUUUUGGUGCGUCUUUGGGGUGUAGUACUAUACUUUAUAAUCAAGUAGGGACAGAGACCUCCAACUUCUAUCAAAUUUUCCAAUAAAUCAUAUACCAAGCCCAAAUUAUGGCUAGUAUUUACAUUGAGGCACAAAUUGAAAAGUGUCAAUUCUGGGUAAAAGCACAGCUGUGUGGUGUGCAGGGCGAGUCAUAAAGUCAGGAAUGCAGAUUCAAGACCUGGCUAUGCAAAGUCACUGGUCUUCUCUGGGGAAUCCCAAAGGAAACCUUGUAUUGGUUGGCAUGUCUGUGGGUUAGGGAGGCAAAAAGGGCAGGGACAGUUUCUCCUCAUCAUGCUACAGCGGAUCCUGCUGGCCAGGUGCCCAGUGAGCUCAGGCAGACACUUUCAGUGUUGGCCCUUGUGCUCCAGAGGCGGGUAGCUCCCUGACUGCUGACGAGUUCCUGAGCUGUGUGUGGAAUUGCUGCAGCGAGGAGAGAAAAUAACUGGGCAUUCCAAAGGGGGAGAAAUCACAGGUAAAAUAAUAAUUUAAAAAAAUUAUAAUUACCGGUGCAAAAUAAAUAUUUGUGGAGGGAAAAAAAUCAGCUCUAAAAUAAGAUUUAGGGCAGUUGUUUUUACAAAGGCAGCAAUUCAAGAAAACGUAGUCAAUGUUGUGUGACUACUGUGUACAUAAACAGUUUUUCACUAUCUGCUGUAUCAUGUAAAUUAAAUUUUACUGUAAAAUGUAUACGCUACAUCACUUUUGUGUGUGUGUGCAAUAACUUUUCACAGUUUCUUUGAAUAUUACUUUUUGGGGGAAUAAAAACUUGGAUUUGUAUCUGAAGAUGCCAGUUUUGGCAGUAUGUUACUUUUUUUGUUGUACACAAUUGUAUAUAACGUUUGAAAUUAACUAUAUAAUGUAGAUGUUUUUUGAGAAAAUGUGAUAAGAAAUGUAUUACAAGGAAAAAUAAAAAAAAAAAAAUGUUCCAA